CAGAAUUGGUGUAAGUUACGGAGGUUUAUGGAGGAUGUUGCAUGUUGUGCUAUUGGGUCAACUAGUGUCUUUUUCGAAGGCCCUUAUGAGCUUCUCUUCAUCUCUAUCUGCCAAUCUGGGUGUUAAUUCCCCCUUUGCUCUUUCAUUUUCAUCUUACUUUGGUCUGGCAUUGGUCUUUGGAAGCUUCUUGUUGUACCGUCGUCAAAAGCUACAUAUUUCUUGGUAUUGGUAUGUCCUCUUAGCGUUUGUAGCUGUGCAAGGGAGUUAUCUUGCUAAUAAAGCAUUCCAGUUUUCAUCGAUUACAAGCGUGACAAUACUCAACUGUUGGACGAUUGUUUGGGUCAUAAUGCUCACUUGGCUCUUUCUUGGCACAAAGUAUUCUUUAUGGCAGUUUCUUGGGGCGGCGAUAUGUGUUUCGGGGCUGUGUUUAGUGCUACUCUCUGAUUCUGGUGUGGGGGGUGAUGGAGGUGGCUCCAAUCCUGUUCUUGGGGAUGCACUUAUGAUUGCAGGGACAUGUUUUUUUGCAUUCAGCAAUGUUGGUGAGGAAUUUUGCGUGAAAAAGGCAGGUUGGAUUGAAGUAAUAGCGAUGAGUAGUUUAUUUGCAAUGCUUAUGAGCCUAACUGGGAUGAUCAUAUUCGAGUUGAAGAAUCUCGAAUCGAUAUCAUGGUCUCCACAAGUUGUAUUAUCCUUUAUUGGCUUCGGGAUAUCCGGCUUUAUGUUCUUUUCUUUGACCCCUCUUGUUCUGCAGGCGAGUGGAGCCACGCUAUUCAAUCUCUCGCUGCUCACAGCCAAUAUGUGGGCAGUGGCCAUUCGCGUGUUUAUAUACCAUCAAACGGUGGACUGGUUAUACUUUGUGUCAUUUUUAUUUGUUGGCGUUGGUCUCGUUGUAUAUUCGAAAACGGAGAAAUAUUCCAAUGAGUUACCAAAGCUUGAGAAUGAUGACAACAAUCAACCGUACCAGCUACUACCGGGGGAAGGUGUCGGAGUCUAGAGUUGAGGGGUGGUACGACAUUGUUUGUUUUCUAUAAGAUGUAACAAGCGUGAUCUUUAAAAAAAAUUAAA